GGCAGUGCCGGCCUCGCCGGGCGGGCGCGCGGACGGGCGGGCGGUUGUUCACGUCCAUGUUUGGCGCGGGCACUGUGCGGUAAUGGCUGGAGCUGGGUAGAGCAUUACGAGCAAGAUACGCCUCUUUAAAAAAAAAACAAACAACCAAACACACAAAAAGAAAAAUCCACCAAUGUGUCUUUAGACUAGGCAUGCGGCGGGGCCGGCGGUCUCUUAAAAUUAGCAGUGUCUUCGCAACAUUUCGAGCAGAAAGAACAGGGGUUUCCACUCCCACGCUGCUCAAGGUGAAGGACACCGUGUCGUUUGGUCAAAUACUGGCUGGAGCGAACGUAGUAUUUUGAGGGUUUUGGGAUGUGCUGUUCAAGUUUCAAUUCUACAUUAUCACUCUUCCGCCGUCUGUAAAGAGUUUUGAUGGAGUCGCAGCAACCCAGACUCUUAGUUUAAAUCCUGUUGAAAGAUUGCCAGCCCCUUUGGGAGUGCAGUCUUCCAGUCUACCGGCCGUAGCUCGGUCGAAAACAAGAUGAGUCACGCGUGUUCAGUAAAUGCCCCAUUUCUUUAUGAGAAGCAAGGAUUGGUGCUGGAUAUGAUUCUCCGCUCUAUGUUAGGAGUAACCCAGCCUAUCAACUGGGAAAGAGUAGCUAGACUCGUACCAGGAGUCACAGCCAAGCAGUGUGCCAAGAGAUUUGAAGAACUACGAAGCAAUGGAAUCAUGCCCCAUAUUUGUGAUGAAAACAAGUGUGAAGGGAGUCCAUCUAAAUCAUUGGCCACAUAUAUUAAAUCAUCGUUUUUGGACAAUGAAGAUGAUGAAAAAUCUAGGUUAUCUGUAAUGCAGAAUAGCACUUCCAUAUCAGGGCGAGCUACUUUGUCUACAGGAAGAAAUUGCACUCUAAAAGAAAAUGGUUCAACGGAUAAAGGUGAAGACAAAUUGGAUGAAAGCCAAGGACCCAACAUGGUAAUUCAUGUUUGCGAUGAAGCCAAAAACCUGAAGCGUGAUUUUGUUUGUCCUCGGAAUCUCCUAGUCAGUGAGAUGAAAUACUUUGCUGAAUAUCUGUCCGUGGAUGCACAGCGUUGGCAAGAAGUAGAUAUCUCUGUGCACUGUGAUGUCCAUAUAUUUGCCUGGUUGAUGAGCUACGUGAAGAAGAAACUAAAGCACCAAGGACAGGUUGAACAACCAGAGCUUGAACCUAGUAAUGUUAUCUCAAUACUCAUUUCAUCUGAAUUUUUGAAAAUGGAUUCCUUGGUUGAAGAAUGCAUACAUUAUUGUCAUAAAAAUAUGAGUGCCAUUGUAGCUACUCCUUGCAAUAUGAACUGUAUCAAUGGCACUCUGGCCACACGCAUCAUUGACCUUUUCACGCAUAAUGAAGCUGAUGAAGUAAAAGACAAAAAAGAUAAAUUUAAAAGCAAAAUAUUUUGUAAGAAGAUUGAGAGGCUAUUUGAUCCAGAGUACAAGGACCAAGAUUCUCCGGGCAGCGCUCAUACACUGUACAGAUGCAGUUUGUGUAAGAAAGUUCUUACCAAAGAAACAGAGAAAAUGUUUCCUUGUUUGCCUGUGAAAAUAAGGAUUGAUCUGCGUGGAAAUAUAAUAUACUUGCACAAUAGAGACAAAAGCUGGGAUGUGCACGAGUAUCUUAAUGGUCUCUAUGAAGACUUGAAAUCUUGGCAAGAUGUGUAUUGGCGUUUAUGGGGAACUAUAAAUUGGCUGCCCUGUACUAGAUGUAAAAAGGUUUUUCAAUGCACUGAACUCUCCCAUUGCCGAUAUCACCCUGAACAAGUGAUAUAUCUUCCCUUAGGCAAUCAAUUUACCACUCCUGGCUUUGGAUUGUAUCCCUGUUGCAAGCAGAAAGUCAUGCGGUUUGAUCCUCUUCAAGUAAACACAGGUUGUAAACUUCAGGAACAUGUUGUCAAAUUGGCUAGUCAGCUCCAGAAUGGUAAACUUACUUCAUUAUCAAUUGGUCAAGUGUACUGUGAUGUACUGCAACACAAGGAUGUUGUCUGUGUGCCAUUUUGUAAAACUGAAGAAAGUAAUGGAAACAUAAAUCUAUCUGAAGAGCAGGAUUUAGAUUCUGAAAUCUUAGCAGAACCAAAUUCAUGGAAAGGACAAAAAAUUGGAGAUGUCACAACUUUUUCACUUUUGAAAAACUGGAGUUUGCAACUGCAACAAGCAUUAUAUUCUGAAGAUGAAGAAUAUACCACGGGUUCAGAAGUAACAGAGGAUGAAGUAGGAGAUGAAGAAGAAUUGACCAAAAAACAAGGUACAAGAAAGUGCAAGAAAGUUACCAAUCGAACAAAGAAGCCAGCGGCAUCUCCUACCACACAGAAAAAAGAGAAGGGGUCAGUUCGAGAUGGAUCUCCUUUCACUGUCAGUUUUCAGAAAAGCAAAUGGGACAGCAAUCGCUCAAUGCGAUAUAACCAGGACGCCCAAAGAGAGGAAGAUCAGAGAAGGAUGGUGGAAAUAAUUGGACAUCUGACAAAGACACGAUUUGGAGAAAAAAUUGACCGCAGUAAAGCAAAAGAAGGAAAAGAGUUUGCUGGUGGCAUUUAUUCCAGAUUGGAAUCUCAAUUUAAAGUCUGUCAACCAGCAACCUCUCGCCAGAACAAUUCAUCACAAAACACAAGGUCGAAGGCCCGCUUAUCACAAUUGCGUCCAACAUAGUGGAACCUAGAAGCAACGAGGAUUAAAGCUUGAUAAAUGCCACCUUCCACUGCAAUUUAAAUAUGCAUGCUUAUUUACAUUAAAUAUCUAACUAAUAAAGUACAAUGGUUAUCAUAAUGCUUCUGUAGACUACCCAGAUUAUAUCACAAGAGUAAUGCCAUUUAAACAAUCAACUCUUCUGCGCUUGACAAUAUUUAAUUUCACUUCCAAUUGCUUGACUGCUCUUAUUGCAUAUGGUUGAAAUGUUUUACAUGAAACUUUUCAAUGUAGUUUUUCCAGUUUUCUAAAAAAUUACAGCAAGUUCGUAAUUUUGUGAACUAUAGUUAAUACUUUAAAGGUGUAGAUUUGAUUACUUGCAAAGUUUCGAGCUUUAAAUUGCUGGCCAAUUCUGAAGAAAAAAAACUGGUUGACUGCUAUCCUGCAUCACUAAGGAAUAGCCUGUAUAUUUAUAGAUAAAGUUUUAAUUUCCUACCUCUUGGCUUCAGAUUUGAUUUGAGUUUUAAUGCCAUGUGGAAAUUCCUUGGGAUUACAUUUUCUACUAAUUUAUGAAAAAGUAAGGAUUUAAAAAAAACAUUUCUAGUAUCCCGCACUGAUUAAUUUCUACAAUAUAAAAUGGUCUUACCAAGAAUAGGUUCACUAUUCUAUAGUCUUCAUUUGUACAAUUAAUCAUUAAAUUGUGCAGAUGGACCAAGGACCUUGAGAAUAAUUACAGAAAUGAAUUGUUUGAGCUACUAUUUACAAUCUGCUGAAGGGAUUUUACGCUGAACAUUUAGAAUUUGUUUUUACAGCUCGUUAAAAUGUUUUGCACACUUAAAUGAUAUUCAACAUGGUAUGUGCAUUUUCAGGUAUACUUUUGGGAAAUCAACAUAAUGAAGAAAUCUGAAACCAAUAACAAUUGACAGAACAACUAGUAGAAUUAAAUGCAAUUACAAUAAUAUUCAUCUUGAGCAUUCAAAAGUAAGUUUUUUGCCUAUUCAGUAACUCAUUUAGAAAUCACUUAUUUUGGGUUUUUUCUGAUUUUAACCAAGUGAUUUUUGUUCAGAAAUAUCAAAAUGAGCCUUUUAAAAUAUAUUCAGCAGUGGCACAUAAAACCACUGUUGUAAAACUGAGUGUUACCAAAUUGCUGAAUAGCUCCAAAGUGACAAAAUAUCCAAAUGCCAUUAAAGCUUAUUUUGACUGA